UCAGGCGAGCUUUUUGAGACCUCCCCCGGCUGCGAUCGGCUAUUCUCGUCUACUUUCGAGGCGAGCCGCAACGUGUCUCAAACAAGCCUACUAGCUAGGUUUUUUAACGAUUCGAAAUGUUACAAUAUUUUUUUGUUAAAAAAAAGUGUAUUUGUGUAAUAUAAAGUUAUAAUGAAUAAUAAGCAUAGUAAUAAGACGUUACCCAUUUAAGCUAGCAGUGUGAGGGUGUCACUGCCAGAACUAAUUAGCAGUUAGUUUCUUUUAAAAUGGCGCUAGCUAUUGAGCUUCUUCAAUGGCUAGCUAGCUAACGUGUUAGCAAACAACUGCUUAGCUUCUUAAAUUCCUCAUUGAUAUUUUGGAGACACUGAGCGACAUGGACGGGCCUCCGACUGCAGUCCUCUUUCUCCCGACAUGCCGAAAAAACACGGACACACUCUCCAUUGGUGCUCCGGAUUCAUGCGGAGUGUGGAGCUGCCUUGCCGGGUGCCAAUCAGAGAGAGGGGGGGGGGGGGGGGAGGGAGGGGGAGAGACGCAUGGGAUGCUGAUGACUGAUCCUCACUGAGAGGAUGCUAUCGAUCAGGCUUGCAAGACGCUCUUCCUCCCACUGUGAUAAAUAUGCUGAUUUGCGCAAUUGGAUUUGCUUCUGCUGCUCCUCAUUGGCUAAUUGAAUAAGGUAAUGUGAGCACACUGCAUGGGACAGCCGAGUGAUCAAUGCAGAACCCCUCAGCGCUGUUCGGGAUGGUGAGCCACUGUCAGACCCAAACUUUCUCAGACUUUCCCGGCCUUUCGCUCUCCGUGUACGGCAGCAAGGCGGACCUGUGUUCGUGGAGAGCCGGCAACGGUGGUUUCGGAUCGCAGAUUUGCCGGAGCCCAAAUGAAACCCCGACGCACAUGAACUGCGCCAGCCAGAAGAGAUUCAGCGCGUCCGAAGAAAAGGCGCAUCAUGCGGCCAAAGCUCCGCGAUCGUGCCUGUCUCUCCCCCCCGUGCAAGUGAAUGGUGCGUACUGCUCAGAGAAGGAUUUGGACACGGAGCUGGGUGACGCUGAGGGCACCCUGAUGCGAUGUGGGCAGAGCCUGCUGGUGGGGGGUCAUUUAGGGGGGCUUUAUACCCAGAGCCUCCACUGUGACAGACCUACACCCGACCUCAUUCUGCAGGACGGCCCUCACCAAGACACCAGAUCCUGCUCUGCCUUCCAGAGGACCCUGCCGGGGGCCUCACCGGGAUCAGACUGCGGCACCGCCAACAGGGCCCGCUCCUCUCUCCCUUACCCAAUCAAACAAGAGAACUCAAUGGGCUACAAGAUCUCCAACACCGGGGUCCACAGCUCGUCUCAGGCCGGGUUUCAGAACUGUAGCGGAGGCCAAGUCUUGGGGAUGACGAGGGACGAGCUAGUUGGAGCGCCACAUGUUAAUACCAGCGCUAGUGGCGUGUGCACAGUAGGUAGUGCUGUGUCCGAGAACGCAGUGCAUCCGUUUAAUAAUGAAGAUGGCUCCUCCCCGUUGGCUUUGUCCCCGUCUGCCUCCCGUCAUUCAGCGCGGCUGCUCAGUGCUAGCAGUCUGAGGAGACGCUGCCUGUCUUUCGCCUCACAGUCCUCUGCCGCCGCCGCGGCCGCUAGCGUCGCUGCCUCAUCGUCCCCAUCGACUCCCGAGGAGAUCAAUAUCACCGCCAUCAUCUGCUCCUCCUCCCAGAUGUCGAUGGUGGCUUGCGUCAACGGUUUCCGCUCAAACCUCUCGCCCAGCAGUGCCGGCUUCUCCUCCUCUUCCUCCUCCUCCUCCUCCUCCUCCUCCUCUACAUCCCCACCCUCUAACUCCUGCUCCCGGGAAGCCCCCCUGAGGCCCCCACCUCACGGCAGCCCCCAGCAGCACACGCUACAGGAGAGCUGUCAGCUAUCAUCACCUGCCACCUGCCUGCUGUCCCUCUCCUCCUCCUCCUCCUCCUCCUCCUCCUCAUCAUCAUCCUCCUCUUCAGUGUCAUCAGUGGAGCAGGAGCAGGGGCAGAGCCAGGGGCCGUGUGAGGAGCGGGGCUCCAUGCUGCAGGGCCGUGGGGCUGGAGGAGCAGCCGGGGGAGGAGGAGGAGGGGGAGGAUCGGACGGGUUGGGGCUACUGAUGAGUGGGGCCCUGAUGUCCGGGAUGUUGCAUUCAGGGCCUGAAGCUGCGACUCUCCUGGACGGGGGCCAAAGAUCAGGGGCGGUCCUCAAACAGGAGCCCCUGGAUGACUUUUCUCCCAGCGAAGACGAACUCUUUCAGCACCACUAUCAUCACCACCAUCACUUGAGUGGUCGCAGCGGGCAGCUACGUCAGCCUCACCACCCCUCUCGCCCCGCUAUGCCCCCGCCCUACCACCUGCACCAAUACCAGGGGCCCGGUCCUGGGGGUCUGCUGCACCACCAGAGCCAGCAAACAGCACCGCCCUCCUCCCUGGGACUCAAACCGACCUCUGGAGGCCCUCCGGGGUCUCACACGGAGCGGGAAGAAGUGGGAGGAGGCGCGCUGGUGGAUAAGCAGGUGUGUCGCUGGAUCGACUGCAGCGCCGCGUACGAGCAGCAGGAGGAGCUGGUGAGGCACAUCGAGAAGGUCCACAUCGACCAGCGCAAAGGAGAGGACUUCACCUGUUUCUGGGCCGGCUGCAUCCGCCGCUACAAGCCCUUCAACGCCCGCUACAAGCUGCUCAUUCACAUGAGGGUCCACUCCGGAGAGAACCCAACAAGUUGCCUUUUCGAGAGCUGUAACAAAGCGUUUUCACGUCUGGAGAACCUGAAGAUCCACCUGAGGAGCCACACAGGAGAGAAGCCGUACCUGUGCCAGCACCCCGGCUGCCAGAAAGCUUUCAGCAACUCCAGCGACCGCGCCAAGCAUCAGCGCACUCACCUGGACACGAAACCAUACGCAUGUCAGAUCCCCGGCUGUACCAAGCGCUACACAGAUCCCAGCUCUCUACGCAAACAUGUCAAGAUCCACUCGGCCAAAGAGCAACAGGUGCGUAGAAAGCUGCGGCCCUGUCCUCACCUGGAGCAGGACGUCCUGAGUGACUGUCUGUCCAUGCAGCACCUCCACAGCUCCACCUCCUCGCAGCACCUCUACAACAAAGAUGGCCGUUCUCCCGGACUGGGCCAAGACAUCUUCACAGGUCUGUACGCUGGCUCCAGCACCCCCCACCACAGCGCCUCAGUGGAGCUCCUCCCCCCCAACCCCUCCUCCGUCCCCUCCGCUGACCUCCCCUCCAGACAGCACCGCCUGGACCGGGACCUCGGCAGCCCCCACCACCUGUCCCCGCUGGCAGCCAUGGACCCCAGAGACGGGGUGUCGGGUCCCCUCCUGUCUCCAGGGAUGAAGGCAACAGGGACGCCUCCUCCUCCUCUGGAGAAACAGCACCUCCACCCUCACCACAAGCCCUACUCUCACUAUCACCACCAUCAGCCUGCCAACGACGAAUACCAGGGCAGCUUUCAGAACUGCUUCCAUUUUGGGGACUCGUACAGGAUGGAGCAGACGGUCGGAGGCGUCCACGUCCCCGCAGACUCUCAAAACUACAACUCCCAUCAGCACAACGGCUUCCACAUGAGCACCAGCAACACCGGCACUGCAGGCUUCAACCUGACCCAGGAGCUCCAGGGCGGCGCAGGAUGUCAGUUCUCCUCCAGCCCCGAGGAAAACAUUUUCUUCCAGGUGGGAAACUUCGACCGCAGCCUGAGCCACAUGUCCUCCGUCUACUCAGAGACUUAGAGCAGAAACGCUUCAUCACCACACACUCCUUCGUCCUCACAGCUGGAUCCCUCUUCUCUACUUCCCGUUUCCUCUUUUUUUAACAUACUAAGAUAUGGGUCACUCUGAAUAUCUAAACAAUGUAUACCUUGAUCUAUCCUACGCUGCAGAUGGAUGUGUAACCAGCAGGAUGUCAUUAACUUCUCACCUGAAGUAAUUAAAUGAUGAAAAAUGGCUCAAAAUAGUUCCCCUUCCUUUAUGAUUUGUGACCCUUUAAAGAAGGACGUCAUGUCACAGGUUGCAUAUUCCUUCCAGUUGUGACGAGUUUAACCAAACAAUAGUUUCCUUGUCCUAAGUGAAUCAUUUUAGCAUGACAGAUUCUCCAGUAAUUCAUAUUUUACAAAACAAAGAUCAGCGUCUUGCUCUUCCAAUGUAUGAAUGACACAAGUCAAAGAAGUAACACAGAACUGUCCUUUUAUUAGCAAAGUCAAAGAAGCUUAAAAAUCAAGAUGUACAAAAUUAAAAUGUGCCCUUCAGUCGAUUACAGAACAAAAAUGCUUUAUUUCUUCGAUUCUUAAAUCACAUCUAGAACUCAUGUACACAAGCAGGUUUUUCAGCGUAAUUAUAUUAACUUCGAACACAACAAAGCAACUGAAGUCCUCUCCCUCCUCUUCAUGUGUUUGCUCUCUAAUCUACAUCCUUCAAUCUGUCUCAGACUGAAGUGUACAUUAGAAUAUAUAUAAAUGUUGCCGUGUUUUAAGCAGUGGAAAAAAAACUUGUUUGUAUUUUGUCAUUAAGUGUUUUGCUUUUUUUGAUUUAUCUCUGCAGGAGGGUUUGAACUCAUUAAAUCUGCAAUAAUGCAGAAGAAAACCCACCUACUUUAUUAUUAUUAUUAUAUGUAUAAAAUGUACAGUUUGUUUACAGCAAUCAUUUGAAUGUUUGUCAUUUCUCAAUUUAAGGAAUAAAUAAUUGAAUGAUCA